GAGGAUUUGCGCACUGUUUGUGGAUGGGAAUCUUGAUAUUUGUGUUAGUGACAGUAUUCUGACCUUCACGGACAGGCGCAGUAAUCCUACAAUAAUGACUUAAGCUAGUUGGCUGUCCUUGACGUACUUGCUCUUCAUCAGACUGUAAGACUAAUUUGACUUUUUGAUAAAUCUUAAGAGUGCCGACAGAGUUGCGUCGAGUUUGGUUUGCUUGAACAUUAUCCAAAUUGGGAAGCUCUUGCUUGCCAUUGGUUUGCUGAUUCAUAUUGUUUAAAUUGUUGUCAAUGUCUUGUGUAGAAGAAUCAUUAUCAAGCGCAGCCGGAGUUGUUUCCCUAAAGAUUUCUUGAGAAGUAUCACCAUCAAAGUCUUGAACUUGAGUGUUAUGUUCUUUUUCUUUUAUUAUUUGAGCUUUGCUAGAUGAAUCUUCUGCAAAAUGAGACUGAUGGCUUUCUUCUACUACUGCGUGAGUUGUUCUUUUGUCUCUUUCAAUGUUGGAUUCAUCAUGGCCAUGCGGAGACAGAGUUUUUUGUGUAUCAUGGAAGGGAUCAGGUUCCUUUGCACGAGAAAUAGAAGGGUAAGGCAUUUGCUGCACACUUUCUUCCACUCGUUUAAAGGAUUUAACAGCAGAAGUAAUAUGGGAAUAAGAUCCAUGAUCGGAAAGGCUUCCUUGAGAAUCAAAGUCAUUAUAAACAUGGUGAGUUACAAAGUCAUCAUCAUCAUCGUCAAACAAGUAUAUAGGAGAAGUGCCCGGAUCAACUUCGUUACUUUGUUCCUGUAUGAAUACAUCUUCAUUCUCAUGAAUAUGCAACUUACCUAGCAGAC